AUGAGAGGCCCCGAAGUGCGACUUCUCCUCGCACAUCAUGGACACGCUUCAUUAAACCCAAGGCUCACAAUAUAUUUAAUCCGGCCACCGAGAUUGACUCUGCGAUCGUCAUUCAAGUUGCCGACGACAUGUGGUCUUAUCGGCCAUACCCAGCGAGCCCUUGCCUCGACGAGUACUACCACAAGUAUUGGGUCUCGAACACCCUCCUCCCCAGCAUCCUCCUCUUCAGCUGACUUAACCUCCUCCACCCGAACAUCAUCCUUCCAAGACCUCCAAAGCCAGCACGAUGAAAAACACCCUACCACCGCCAACUCCUCUUAUCCUCUCAUCUUCCUGACAAAGAAGUUCGUCCCUACGCACCCCAUCUUCUGGUCAGAUGGCCUCGAAAGCACACUGCCUGCAAAACUCACGACACCCGAACCUCUUCGGAAGGAGGAUUUUCCCAACCAGCAAAUCCCGUUUGGAAACCAGGCGAAGUAUUACUUCGAGCUGGGGAAAUCCUAUGCGGGCUUCUACAAAACGGGCUUGGUGAACGUGUGGCGGAAUUACAAGGAGUUGCAGACAAUCCGGCAACGGGUAGGCAGGACACGGGGACUGGAAGAUGUGGUCAAAUACGGUCUACCCCAGGGCGCAAAGUCAGUACCCGUCCUGACAAGAACCGACUACCAACUAGCUCUACGAACUCAGCACGAUCUAGGAAAACUGAUCCCCUUCGGCAUCAUAUUCAUCAUCUGUGGCGAAUUCACACCCAUGGUGAUCGUUGGCAUCGGCUCCGCCGUCGUGCCGUAUACAUGUCGUAUUCCGAAACAAGAAGAGAAGGACCUUUUCCGCCCCGUGCGGAUACAAGACAGGUAUAGGACCCUACUGGACAACCUAAAAUCCCAAGGCGCGGCGGCUCAAAAAUGGCAAUUCGAAUUUCUCGAGGCCUGGUGGCUGCGCUUGAAUCCGUUCUCUAAACCCUUUCCCGUGCUUGGAUAUCUAUGGCACAGGUUCAUCUCGGGUCCCCGGCUGCGAAAACACUGCGAACAGGUCCUCUGCGACACAAUCUUGAUCGUGCGAGAAGGCGGGUUUGAUAAACUGAGCCCGCGCGAGGUCUUUUUGUGGAGUCUCAAACAGGGUUUGCCAAUCCUGACCCAUUAUGUGGAACGGUUGCGCCUACAGGGGGAUACCGUCGAUCCUGAUUCGCCUAAGUUAAAGAGGAUAUUGCUUCCCUCGGUGGAAGCUGAGGCGGAGCGUAUCCUCAGGGUCGAUUGGAGACAGGUUCGACCGGAGGAUCACUGGCUAGCUGUGUUCAGCCCUGGUCUAUUGCCUCAAGUAAAGCACGGAGUGUUUUGGGGCUUGAAAAACAAGCCAGAGAUAUAG